AUGGCUUCUGCUCAGGUGCCUAUUUCUGCCCGUAUUCACGAUGAAGAGAGAGAUAUCAACGAUGACAGUGACCUCUCCUAUUUUGACCCCAAGGAAGCGCGCCGUCGAGCCCUGAGCGAGAUCGACAAUGCUAAGUUUGGAUGGCGCCAUGUUCGUGCUGUCGUCGUUGCCGGUGUGGGCUUCUUCACCGACUCCUACGACAUCUUCGCUAUCAAUCUCUGUGUCAGCAUGCUUGGUGUCGUUUACUGGCAGACCGCCGCUACCAACCCCGGUAAAAUCCCCUCCGGCUCCGAUACUGCCAUCAAAGUCGCAACCUCGGGUGGUACUGUCAUCGGUCAACUCUUCUUCGGAUGGUUAGCCGAUCGCAUUGGUCGCAAGCGCAUGUACGGUUUCGAACUCAUGAUCAUCAUUCUUGCUACUUUGGCUCAGUCGCUCUCGGCCGCUUCCCGCGCUAUCUCCAUUACUGGGUUGAUCGUCUUCUGGCGUGUUGUCAUAGGCAUUGGCAUUGGUGGUGAUUAUCCGCUAUCCUCUGUUAUUACUUCGGAAUUCGCAACCACUAAAUGGCGUGGUGCCGUGAUGGGAUCCGUUUUCGCUAUGCAGGGUAUCGGUCAGUUUACCGCUGCCAUCAUCGCCUUGAUCCGGAGACUGUCAACUUGCUGCGGACAAAAUGUGGCUUUAAUGGGUGCCGUCCCUGCAUGUGCUGCUCUUUACUUCCGACUGACUGUCCCCGAGACACCUCGCUACACCUUCGAUGUCAACCGCGACGUUAUGAAGGGUGAUUCGGAUAUACGCGCUUACAUCAAGGGAGAAAGUGAGGGCCACCCGGAUGAGAUUCGCCGUAUUACUGUUCUCCGCAAUGAAAGCACCGAGCUCAUGGUUCCCAAGGCCAGCUUGGCCGAUUUCUAUCGUCACUUCGCAACCUGGAAGAACGGAAAAGUCCUUCUCGGCACAGCCGGCUCCUGGUUCUUUCUUGACGUUGCUUUCUACGGACUCGGCUUGAAUAACUCCAUCAUCCUGGGCGCGAUCGGAUGGACGGGUGGACACAAUGUUUAUGAGGUUUUCUAUCGCAACGCCAUCGGUAACCUGAUCCUCGUCGUCUGUGGUGCUAUCCCAGGUUACUGGGUUACGGUCGCCACGGUCGACACGAUCGGGCGCAAGUCAAUCCAACUGGCCGGCUUCAUCAUUCUUACAAUCCUGUUCAUCAUCAUCGGAUUCGCUUACCACCUCUUGAAAAGCUCUCACGGAGGUCUCAUGGCCCUUUACGUAUUCGCACAGUUCUUCUUCAACUUUGGCCCCAAUGCGACAACCUUCAUUGUGCCUGGAGAGUGCUUCCCCACCCGAUACCGAUCCACCUCUCAUGGUAUCAGUGCCGCCUCCGGCAAGAUCGGUGCUAUCAUCGCACAAUGUGUCUUUGGUCCUCUGGUGAACAAGGGUACUGCCAAGGGUGACACCAGUGGCCCGUGGCUUAACCACGUUAUGCAGAUCUUCGCAUUGUUCAUGCUUUGUGGUAUUUUUACCACCCUGCUUAUUCCUGAGACCAAGCGCCAGAGUUUGGAGAGUCUUGCUGGUGAGGACCCUGACGAUCGUCUUACCCAUGAGCAUGUGCCCGAGAAUCAUAAGCAGGAGAAAAUGGCCGCUGUCCCUAGUGUGGUUACUCACACUCAGUAG